GUUGUCUACUUUGUUGUCUCAAACGUCAGGUAGCUGGUUUGAAAUUUGGGAUGAAAAGACAGACAGAAAGCGGCAAUUUAGAGAGGGAAAACCCAAGAUAGGAAGCCAACCCCCAAAAAAGGUUUGGAAUCCAAAAACCCGCUCCUCUCGCGCUCUCUCUACUUCUUCGCUCCGCCUUCCGUUUCCCCCCGUCGCCGUCGUCGAUUCAAUUUUCGGAAUUUGAAUUCGAGCUUCACGCCUCCUUUUGUUCCGGUGAUUCUCUGAGGUUCGAGCAGAAACCCCGCAUUUUCUGAUUCCAGGUCAGUUAUUGUUUUCGUUCUAUUCCCGCUUCAUUGAUUUGAUUAAUCGAUCGAUUCACCUGGAUCCGCCCGCCGGUCUUUUCAUAAUUUCUUAGCUGGGUUUUUGUUAUCCGGUUGAGAAGUGUAAGUUUGUUCGAGUUUUUUCAUAUGAUUUGUCGAGGUGGGUUGCGACGGUUGUUGCGAUUUUGGGGUUUUGAUUGGGUGAGCUUCUUCAGUUUUCUUCAAUUGCCUUUGCUUCAUUGCAGAGUUUGACUUUCCGGUUGCUUUCCCUUCAUGUGAUAUUGGUGGGGGUGGGGAAGAUAAUGUUGUCGAGAGUGGAGAAUGGGAAAAAGACUAGGGAGGAAGCAGGGGAUGAGACUUUGUUGAAUGAUUUGCAAACUAUAAGUAAAGCUCUGUACCUUGACAAACAUAAACCCUCGAGGACGUUACUUCCUACGGCCAGUAGCCGAGCAAAAGCAACUGGGAAGCCGCCGCCUGCGGUGGAUCCCAGAUCGAAGCUCAAGCCUGGGUCGGUAGCUAAUGAAGACUCGCCGCGCAAGGACAAGAAGUCCAUAUGGAACUGGAAGGCAUCGUUGAAGGCGCUUUCUGGGGCUAAGAACAGAAAGUUCAAUUGUUGUUUCUCUCUGCAUGUCCAUUCGAUUGAAGGGCUUCCUUCGAGUUUCAACGGUGUCAGUUUAUGUGUGAACUGGAAGAGGCGGGAUGGAGAGCUGGUCACGAGUCCUGUUAAAGUCUAUGAAGGUGUUGCAGAGUUUGACCUGAACUUGUCACACAUUUGUCUGGUUUACGGGAGCAGGAGUGGUCCCCGCCAUUCAGCAAAGUAUGAAGCGAAGUAUUUCUUCGUGUUUGCAACUGUGUUUGGUAUGCCUGAGGUUGAUUUGGGGAAGCACAGGGUUGACCUUACGAGGUUGCUUCCUCUCACAUUGGAGGAAUUGGAUGGAGAGAAAAGCUCUGGAAAGUGGACUACAAGUUAUAAGUUGUCAGGAGAUGCUAAGGGUGCAGUGAUGAAUGUGAGUUUUGGGUAUACAGUUGUUGGAGCGGGCCUGACUGGAAAUGGUCAGUAUGUUCCUGAGUCAUUAAGUAGCAAAAGGAAUAAUCUGGCAACAGCAAAAACAAUGCCCAAAAUGGCCCCAGCUGUAGGCAAGGUUGCCUUACGUCGACAUGAAAGUCUUACCACCACUUCUAACUCACACUUUGCUGCCAAGUCUCGAUCCCCGGGAAAGGUAAAAGAUCUUCAUGAAGUUAUGGCUCACAAAAAGCUUGAUGUAGAAGCAAUUGGAAACAUGGCAAAUGAGAGAUUUGAAGAAGACAAGCUAGAUGCUCCAGCCAGAGAAAAUGAGCUUGAUAACCUGCAGUUUCCUUCUCUAUCCGAAUCUAGCAAAACAAAUGCUGAAAGUGGAAUCGAGAAUAGCGAAUUUUCUCUAAUUGAAGAAGGGAAGGAGUUGCCAGAUGAGAGCAAGACGACCAAUUACCACACCCUGAAGGAUGCUGGUGUCUCUACUGCAGAAACUGAAUCUGAUAGCAAUCAUAAGGCAGUGGAGGAAGAGUGUACUGAUCUUCAUGCUGGCGGUACAGGAAAGAGUGAUCAUACUAAAGAUGAACCUUUGACCCAUGAUUCUGACUCUGAUGACGAUCUAUGCUCAAAAGAGUCUGUUAUGAAAGAACUAGAGUCUGUGUUAAAUCGUGUUUCAAAUUUGGAAAUUGAAGCACUUUAUUCUUCUGAUGGAACAGAGGAUCAUGGGGAACUUGAAAGUGACUAUCAAGCCGACAGGACCGAAAAGUCAAUUAACACGGAUGAUGCUGAAGAUAUUGCAAAUGAAUUUUUAGAUAUGCUGGGAAUUGAGCAAAGUCCAUUUAGAUUGAGUACUGAGAGUGAACCUGAGUCCCCAAGGGAGCAAUUGUUAAGGCAGUUCGAGAAUGAUGCCUUGGCUGGUGGAUUUUCUUUGUUUGACUAUAAUCCAGAUGAUUGGGAUCAGCCAGAGAGCAGCUAUGAUGGGUUUAUGGAGCCAGGAGAAUCUCCAGGUGGGUUUGAUCUGUCAUCAUUUAUUGAUGAUGCAGAAGAAGAAAAUGAGAUAGGAACUCACCCUACGAAUUGCAAGAUUAGGCCCAAGAUCUUAGAGGACGUUGAGACAGAGGCUUUAAUGCAUGAAUGGGGCUUGAAUGACAAGACAUUUGAGUGUUCUCCACCUAAGAGUUAUGGUGGCGGCGGUGGAGGUCAAACUGGUACAUCUCCAGAAGUUCCACUUGAAUUACCUUCUCUUGCUGAAGGUUUAGGCCCAUUUCUCCAAACAAAGAAUGGUGGAUUUGUACGAUCUAUGAAUCCUUCACUCUUCGAAAGUGCCAAAACUGGCGGAAGCUUGAUCAUGCAGGUUUCUAGCCCUGUUGUGGUACCUGCAGAGAUGGGCUCUGACGUUGUGGACAUACUCCAGCAACUUGCUUCGGUCGGAAUUGAAAAGCUCUCUAUGCAGGCAAAUAAGCUAAUGCCUUUGGAGGAUAUCACUGGGAAAACAAUGCAGCAAGUUGCUUGGGAAGCUGCAGGUGCUAUAGAGGGACCUGAAAGGCGGAAUACGUCCCAGCAGAAGAAGCAUGAUACAGGACAUGAGUGGUCAUCAGAUGGGGCUGAAAAUGUUCUGGGGAAAAAAUCUGUUCCACGUAGAACUGCUACCACUAAGUCCAAAUCUAGACCAAAAGAAAAUGACGUUGGCUUAGAGUAUGUAUCUCUAGAAGACCUUGCACCUUUAGCUAUGGAUAAGAUUGAAGCACUCUCAAUGGAAGGUUUGAGAAUACAGUCUGGCUUGUCAGCCGAGGAGGCACCCUCAAACAUCUCUGCACACUCCAUAGGAGAGAUCUCAACUCUCCAGGGCAAGGCUGGUGUUCAUACUUCUGGGUCCCUUGGUCUGGAGGGAACUGGUGGAUUGCAAUUGAUGGAGGUAAAAGAAAACGAUGAUGGUGAUGUCGACGGCUUAAUGGGUCUUUCUUUAACUCUUGAUGAAUGGAUGCGCCUGGACUCCGGCGACAUUGGCGAUGAAGAAGAUCAAAUAAGCGAACGAACUUCUAAGAUACUCGCGGCCCACCAUGCCAGCUCACUGGACACACUCCGUGGUAGAUCCAAGGGAGACAACAGAAAGCGUGGCAAAAAGUGCGGUUUGCUUGGGAAUAACUUUACUGUGGCGUUAAUGGUUCAACUUCGUGAUCCUCUAAGGAACUAUGAGCCUGUAGGGACCCCGAUGCUUGCUCUUAUUCAGGUAGAGCGGGUGUUCAUCCCUCCAAAGCCGAAAAUCUACUGCAAGGUGGCAGAGCUAAGGAAUAAUAGCAACGGGGAGGAGGACGAGUCUGAUGAUGAGUCACUAACAUCUAAUACGGCGAACAGGGAUAAAUCAGGUGGUGAAGUGGAAGGAAUACCCAAGUUCCAAAUCUCUGAGGUACAUGUGGCCGGUCUGAAGACCGAGCCUGAGCCCGACAAGAAGAAGCCCUGGGGUACACCGUCGCAGCAACAGGCUGGUUCUCGCUGGCUGCUUGCUAAUGGAAUGGGCAAGGGCAGUAAGAAUUCAUUUAUGAAGUCGAAAGGUGCGAAUUCAGGUGAUAGUUUGUGGAGCGUGUCGUCCAAGGGAGACAGAUUGAAACAGUUGGGAGCAGCAAACCAGCACAAGAGGAACCCUAAUCUAAUCUUGCCUAAUAAGAAACAGACGAGCUGGUUCAAGUAAGUAAGCAGUGGAUCUGCUUUGUGUUCUGCAGCCGUAGAAGGGUGGCGUAUGCACAGAGAGAAGUUGCAGUCUUUUUUUUACCAGGUAGUGAUUUUUUGCUUUGCAGAUCUCAUGUAUAAAAAGGUGUUGUGAUCAAAUGAUUAUAUCCUCUUUAAUUCCUAGGCUACUUUUGACGUGAGAAUAUGCACAUAUGGGUUUACUCGUCUUUUGGGUGGUCUUUCCCUGUAAAUUCAGAGGUUUUGAAGCUCUGUUAUACAGAAUGUUGUCUUGACUUGUCUAAAACUUGUCCGACUAAGACGAUUGUAACAUUUCCGAUUAUUUUAGGUUUAGGUUCAACGUAAUAAAUGUAUGUGUUGUGUUGACGAUUAUGUACGAGAAUUCGAAUCAAAUUCGGAGAAGGUUGAUGGUAUGCAGGGGUGUGCAACGAUUUGGUUCGUACCGUCUCAUAUCGUUAAUUGAUGUGACUGGAUCAUACAAAAUUAAAUAUAACGUGAUCCGUUAUUUGACCUCAAGAAUUUUAUAAAUACAGUGAAGAAAUGAUCAAAUUAACUUUUUUUUUUACAUUAAAAUCGGAUAAAAUGCAAUGUUAAUCUGAUUUUUGAUCCUACAAUGACCUUCACUAUCGAAUAGAAAUUCUUAGAAAUUGUUGAUUUUUAAUCAAUCGUGUAUUUAGGGGGGAAAAUCCGUCAAUUUGUUCAGGUGGGCCCAUAGUAGAUUUUUCCAACAAUUCUGAUGUGGUUUGAGUUAGAAUUUGGUUCUUUUAUUCCGUAGCACUUUGUGGAAAUAAAAUAAAAAAUAAACCGAAAAGCCAAUUGGGUGGUGAAUGAAUAAUGAUGAUAAUAUGUCUAUCGAACAUCAUAUACUAAUCUAAUCAACACGCCAUCGCUAAUCAACUAUUCCUGAUAAUGAUCCACCAUUAAUAUCAUCUCGGUGGGGCUAAUUAGCACCGGAAUUAACGGGGUCCUGUAGA